AUGGAUAACGGAUUUGGUGCUGGGUUUAACGUGGGAGCUUGGCGGAUAUUGCUGAAGACAAAUUCCCAGGUUAUGAAGCGAAUUUUAAUAGGCGAUAUACGAAAUUCUCCGAGUGGACUGCGUACCCAGAUCUUUUGGGGCUCAUUAACACGAAGCGACAUGAUCAAUAUUGAUGAAGAUGUCAUUAAGCAUCUGAAGGCAGUGUAUUUUAUGUGUGAAGGAAUGGAAGAAAGACGAGAAAAGCAAGUACUUUGGGAACGGGCGCACAAAGUGAACCGGCGCCUAGAGAAGCAGUGA